GUUUUUGUGGCUGAAUCCGCUGAAAAUCAGUUUCAAAUUGAGCUAAAGGCAUUGAGAGCGGGGCAAACAAUGCUACAAGUAUCCGUCACAGUUCCGGCCAAUUCGAAAACAUUCUUCAAGGCCAACAAACAGUACAGCGAUCAGUUACUUGUUACAGCUGUUGACCCGCUAAAGCUUAUUUCGCCGCCACGAAAUCCAUCUGCAGUCAUACGAUUGUCACCGGAUGCAGAGCUUGAUUUACGGAGCAACAGGUAA